AUGAAAGCCUUGGGGAACAGGUCUUAUGAAGUUGAAGUUUGCGGCAGGCGAUACCGACGCAACCGUCGGCAACUGCGCCUGACCCCGGAAACAGCACCACCUAUGAGUCUGGUAGAACUAACUCCGCCCGAGUCUACCCUCAAACCGGCGCCAAAUCUGACAGAGCCAGGACCUCCUCCACCGGAGUUCCAUGGCGAGACCAAAACAGAGAGAAUGCCACCUGAAAAUGAGAUGGGAACUGAGCUUGAGCCACAAAGGAUUGAAACUCGUCGAUCAGAACGCAGACGUCGACCGCCUUUAAUCGUGACGGGGUCUUACUGUGAUUUAUGGAAGUACAAUACUGAAAUCUUUCCAUUAGCAAACCUUUUUCCAGUGACUUCUAUUGUUAAUCUCGCAGUCAUUUCAUUGGAAAGACUGCAUGCAACAUUCUCUCCAUUUAAGCAUCGCUUUGUCAAGAAAUGGGUUUAUGGAGUAGUAAUUGGUACUAUCUGGUUAAUGACUUCAUCGAGGGAGACUGUUCAAGUUAUCGUAUAUAAUACAGAAAGUGUCGUGUCUCCUGUCACCAUUGCAAUCUCGCCAUACACAUAUUGGUCAGUUUCUCUUUUAGUCAUCUGCAUCUGUUAUAUUUCAAUCUUUAUAAAAGUUCGACGCAGCUCUAAUCCUCAACGCCACGGUGCAAUCAACAGAGAAAGAAAACUGGCAGCUACGUUACUUUGGGUUACGCUUGCAUCGUUACUGACAUGGCUGCCAUUUAUUGUAUUUAGCCUAAAUACAAACGCUCUUAACUUGAGGUCUUUCUUUCAUAUCAGGAUGACACUGGCGGCGCUAGUUGGUGCCAAUUCCUUGUUAAAUCCAAUUGUGUAUGCCCUCAGGAUGCCUGAUUUUCGAGAUGGAAUAUGUCGAAUAUUCCGUAGGACUCCAAGGCAAAUCGCUCCAGGCAGUUUACCGCGUCGAAAUCCUCUGCACACGAGUAGACUAGAUGAUGAUGCCUGA